UGGUUGUAAAAGCUUCCCAAGCAAAAUUACUCCAGCUUCGGAGUCGUUCGCUGCUGUUCUCCAGAGUUUCGAGGUGUUCGUUGUAACGGGGAGUCGAGUAUACUGGCUAUAACGCUCCCAGGGCAUUAUGAUCGUCAUUAUCAUGGGGGUGUCAGGCUGCGGCAAAUCCACACUAGGAACCUUACUCUCAGAAAAGCUGGGCUGGCCGCUGUAUGAAGGAGACGACUUCCACCCUCCAGAGAACAUCGACAAGAUGGCUCGCGGGGAGGCUCUCACAGACCAGGACAGAUUCCCGUGGCUCCAUAAGCUCCACCAAGCCACUGUCAAAGCACGGCGAUCGUCCUCUGAUGCCAUCGUGGUUUGCUCAGCCCUGAAGAGACUCUACAGGCAGAUCCUUCUCCACGGCAGCCAAGCACUCACUUCCUCUUCCUGUGCGGAGCGAGAAGCCCUGCCUCCGUCCCUGCCCGGGGUUUACUUCCUCUUCCUGAAUGGCGACUAUGAGCUCAUCCACCAGAGGAUGGUGGCCAGAAGUGGACAUUACAUGCGGGCGGACAUGCUGCAGUCCCAGCUCUCUGCUCUGGAGCCACCAGGAGCUGAGGAGAGGGCGUUGACCGUGGACAUAAGAAAGGACAUCGGGGACAUCGUCACAGAGGUUGUGAAUCUCCUCGGCCUCAGGGCUCCCCCUUGAAGGGGUUACCAAGGGAGCAGACCAUAAUCGCUCAGACUGAACGUUGAACCUGAAGUUGUCUGUUGGGCCUCAGAUCCCUGAAGCUGAGAACACUGGGUAGCUCCAACUUCUCUACUGGAUGUCUUCACUCUGGACUCUGCACAGAACAUAUUUAGAUCAGGGGGGGGGGAUACACACACAUUGUAAGUAUGUGUCUGUAUGUGGACCAAGAAUGUCAUCAAAAUCCUUGAAUGGUCUUGAUUCAUCUCCAAUUCAAGACUAUCAAAAGGCAUCAAUAAAUGUAUCCAUCAAACCAAAUUCUUCAAAAGUAAAUUAUUGUGUAAUAAACUGCCAAAAAAGGUAAAAAAAACAAAACGAUGCAAUAAAGCAUAAAAUAGAAUUCAAAUACAAUAUAACUAUAAUAUUUUGGUUAUAAAGUACAAUACAAAUAGAAUACCAGGAUAAAGUACAGAAUAUAAGGUACAACAGAAAGUGUGCACAAGGAGCCGAGGCCAACCUGUUGACUGGUGUUGGCCAACAUCUGCAGCAUCUGCUGUACAAACUGCAUCUGCUGCUGCUCUGUCACCAUGGCCCCCUGGGGUGCAUUUGCUGGCGGGCUGUCUAUGUAGGAGUCAGCAGGAUUAACGCCAAUGCUUUCCAGAUCAGCACUAUGGGAAAGACAUCCACCAACACAAUGACUCCACCUCCCCAUGCGUAGUUGGAAAAGUACAAAGCAGCACUUGAAUCAAAUUAAAGGUUUUUUUUCCACCUCUCGGGGUGGUAAUCCAUCCUUGCGCAUGAUUGAGUGAAAGUGGUGGAUGUUGAUAUACAUAUCUACUUGACAAAACAGCUAUUCAAACGUAUUGAUCACAUUAAAGAGGCUGAACAACUA